UGUCCCUCGGACACAGUAGAUCACCAAUCAAUGGAAAGAGCCGAAGAUGUCGUCUCGGUCAUGUGAUCAGCUGUGUCCAAUCACAGCUUCUCACAUGGCACUGAUGAUCAGUGUGCCCUGAUGAUCAGUGUAGCCCUAGCAGUGCCACCUGCCAGUGUCCAUCAAUGCCAGCUGUCAUUGCCCAUCAAUGCCACCUGCCACUGCCCAUCAGUGCCUCAUCAAUGCAACAUAUCAGUGCCUACCAGUGCACAUCAAUGCCACAUAUCAGUGCCCAUCUGAGCUGCCCUUCAAUGCCACCUAUCAGUGCCAGUCAGUGCCACCUAUCAAUGCCAGUCAGUGCCACCUAUCAGUGCUGCCAAUCAGUGUCACCUAUCAGUGCCAGUCAGUGCCGCCUAUCAGUGCCAGUCAGUGCCGCCUAUCAGUGCCUAUCAGUG